AUGGAGGCCAGCAGCAGCAGCUGCGGCAGCAGGGCCCCCGCCACGGACUGCAGCAGAGACCACUGGACCCCUGCAGCAGCCAGCGCCGUCGGCAGCACCUGCAGCAGCUCCCCCAGGGACCCCGGCACUGCAGCAGCAGCAGCAGCAGCAGCAGCGCCCCCGCUGCUGCUGCUGCUGCAGCACGACAGGAACAAGGGCACCAAAAACAGACCCACUGCCCACGAAGUCGGCCGCUCUUCCAGCUCUUCUGCUGCAGCAAAGCAGGGGGGGGCCCCCCCGGGGCCCUCUGCAGCAGCGGGCCCCGAGGGGGGCCCCGGGGGCCCCUCCGCGGGGGCCUCCGGGGAGGGGGGCCCCUCGGGGGGCCCCCCCACCAGCGGGCAAGAGUACCCCUUUCUGGGGGCCCCCAAACCCGCCAGGGAGGCCUCAAAAGAAGUGACGCACUGGCGCAGCACGAGGGAGCAGCAAAGGGCCCAGAGAAGCGGCCAGGGGCUGAGCCCGCAGCAGCAGGAAGGCAGGCCGAGAGCUGCUGCAGCAAGUGCUGCAGCAAACGGCAGCAGCACCAAGACCCCGUCGAAGCCACAGAGGCUCCAAAGGCCAAAAGUGGUUAAGUCCUUCAUGGGGGGCAGCGAGGGCUCGUCGGAGCCCUCCAUGUCGCAGCAUUCCCAGGCACUCCCCCCCAAAUGCUGCAGGGGCCCCCACCGCCUCUGGCUCUUCUGCCGAGUUGCGCUGCAGCAGCUCGCCCGGCCGCAGCAGCAGCAGCAGCAGCAGCAGCAGCAGCAGCUGAAACGGGCCAGCACUGGCUCCCCAAUGGGCCCUGAGGGGCCCCCCUCUCUGGGGGAGGCCUGGGGGCCCCCCGGCGAACCCUGGGGGCCCCCCGACGAGCUCUCGAAGCUGCUUGAGCAGUUUCUUGACCUUUGCGAGGCCCUGCCCUCCGCCCUAGAAGCAGCAGCAGACGCAGCCGUGUCCACAGCAGCAGCAGCCCCAGCAGCAGCAGCAGCAGCAGCAGCAGCCCCAGCAGCAGCCCCAGCAGCAGCAGCAGCAGCAGCAGCAGCAGCAGGAGCUCUGGGGCUGGAGCUGCACCUGCCGCCAAACCUCCGCAGCUGGCUGCGGGCAGCACUGGGGGCCCUUUGGCCGCUGCUGGGGGCCCCCCAGCUGCAUGCAGCGGCGCUGCAGCACUUUGCUGCUGCGCUGCAGCAGCACGCAGUCGAGCGGCUUUCCCGGGACUUCUGGGGUUUCUGCUGCCCCCGCCCGCGUUCCGCUGCUGCAGCAGCUGCAAGCAGCAGCAGCAGCAACAGCAGCAGCAGCAGCAGCAACAGCAGCAGCAGCAGCAGCAGCAGCAGCAGCAGCAGCAGCAGCGAGUGCUGGGUUGCUGCUGCUGAUGUGGAGGCCAGUUUGCUGCAGUGCGCCUUGAGGGUUUACCUGCAACUGGCUUUUGCCUUUGAGCUGCUGGCAGCCCUCACGGCCCACUGGGAGGAGCCGGAGAACAGGCUGCUGCAGCAGCAGCAGCAGCAGCAGCAGCAGCAGCAGCAGCAGCAGCAGUGGAGCCACGGCGCGUGCUGCUGCCCGUUUAGGGAGAUUUCUGCUGCUCUCGUUGUGGCUGUCCGAGAAGCUGUUGCAGCAGCAGAGCCUCCUCAAGCUGAGGGGCUGCUGCGGCUGCUGCUGCGGCGCCAGCUGAGGAAGUUUGCUGCUGCUGCUGCUGUUGCUGCUGCUGCUGCAGUGGCAGCACAGGAAGCCCCAGCAGCAAAAAGCUGCGGACGCGCAGACGUCGAGAACGUGGCAGUUAUGCUGCUGCAGCUGCUGCUGCAGCAGCUGCAGCACAGACACAGCAUCGCAGCAGCUCCAGAGACAGCAGCAGCAGUUGCUGCCUUUCUUGCUGCUGCUGCCGCUGAGGAAGAAAGCUCUUGCUGUGCAUGCCAGCAGCAGCAGCGGCAGCAGCAGCAGCAGCAGAAAGAAGCUGCUGGUGCUGCUUCCGCAAAGCUGGCCUUUCCACCGACAGGUACGGAGGGUCUGCUGGAGCUGCUUGCUGCUGCGACGCACGACCCAGCAAUAUCCGAGCAGCAGCAGCAACAGCAGCAACAGCAGCAGCAGCAGCAGCAGCAGCAUGAAAGGCAAUUCGUGAGACGGGCAAACACGCCCCCAAAGCUGCGCACUUUGCUGCCGCUGCGGCGCCGCCGCACAGCGCCAGCCACUGCAGCAGCAGCAGCAACCACAGCAGCAGCAGCAGCAGCAGCAGCAGGCGGUGAAGCAGCUACUGGGCUUCGCGAGGGUCAGCCCACGACAGGGGACGCUGCCUGGAACAGCAGCAGCAGCAACAGCAGCAGCAGCAACAGCAGCAGCAGCGCAGCAGCAGCAGCAGCAGCAACGGACGGGAGCAGCAGCCUCAUUGACCACUGGUCUUCGCCGCAUUUCCCUUCUUCUGCGCAGCAGCUGCUUCAGGUGUCGCUGCUGCUGCACCGGGCGCUGCAGAAGGCGCCGCAGCAGCAAACGGGAACGCCUCCAGCAGCAGCAGCAGCAGCAGCAGCAGCAGCAGCAAGCAGCAGCAGCUGCGUGCCUUGCAGCAGCUUUUGUGUCUCUUGCGGGGCCUCUUCAGACUGGCUGCUGCAAGAAGAAACAUUUCGCAGCAUUUGUGGGGCCCCACAGAGCAGCAGCGCCAGUAAGUGGCUGCCAAGGCAGCUGCCCUGCGGCUGCUCAGCAGCAGCAGCAGCAGCAGCAGCAGCUGCUGCUGCUGCUGCUGCAGCAGCAGGCACAGGGCCGAUGCUGCUGCACGUCGUUGACUGCGGGGAAGCCUCUGACGGCUCCGCAGCAUUCUGCCUUCCUGCUGCUGCACUGAAUGCCCUUUAUGGGGCUCCCUGUCUGCAGCAGCAGCUGCAGCAGCAGCAGCAGCAGCAGCAGCAGCAGCAGCAAGCCUUCGCUGCUGCAGCCUCUACUCCGAAAGCUUCUUCACCCCCGAGCAUCCUCCCAUGCUGCGGCGGCAGCCCCGCCAUCUGCAACGCCACCACCAGCAGCAGCAACAGCAGCAGCAGCAGCAGCAGCAGCAGCAGCAGCAGCAGCAGCAGCAGCAGCAGCAUUGGGGUCCCAGGCACGUUUGGCCUGCUGCCCAUUCUGGGGGACAUCUUUUCGCGAGUUGGGGCUGGGGGCCUCUGGAGUCGAGUGCUGCUGCAGUCAGCAGUUGCUGCUGUUGACUAUUUAGGCAGCGAGCAGCAGAGUCAGCAGCAGCAGCUGCUGCCCGCGCUGCUGCUGCUGCUGCGGUUGCUGCUGCUGCCCUUCAUCAAACUGGCUAGCGGGCUCGCAGAGCACAGACACCUCCGCUGCUGCCUGCGGGCUGCUGCUGCUGCUGCUGCUGCUGCUGCUUUCCCGCAGCCGCAGGCAGCAGCAGCAGCAGCGGCAAACGCAGCGAAGGCGUCGCCGCCCUCUCUUGCACUCGACGAAGGGCCCAGCAGCAGAGCAGCAGCAGCAGCAGCAGCAGCAGCAGCAGCAGCAGCAGAAGGCAGGCUCCCGCUGCUGCAGCUCUUCGAGGGUGGCUUAGUGGCUGUACUUGCUGCUGGGGGCCCCCGGGGGGCCCCCCAGGCAGUGUACAGCCGCAAGCAGCAGAAAGCGGCCUUAAGUCCUGCUGCUGCAGCAGAGGACCAGUGGUCCUGUGGAGCAGCAGCAGCAGCAGCAGCAGCGGCGGAGGAGCAUUCUGCUGCGGAGAAGCUGCUGGUCGCAGCAGCAGCAGCAGCAGUCACCAGCAGCAAAGCUGCGCAGCUGCUGCAGCUCGUCCGGGCCUUUCCCCAAUCUAUGGAGGCCCUAAGAGAUAUUUGCUUCGCAGAAAAGCUGCUGCAGUGUGCAGCGCUUCAGGAAGCAGCAGCAGCACGCGCAGCAGCAGCAGCAGCAGCAGCGCACGCAGCAGCAGAAGCAGCAGCAGCAACAGCGACAGCAGCAACAGCCUGCUCGCCGCCGCAGCGAACAGCAGCAAUGCUGGGGUGGCGGCAGCCAGCCGCAGCACCCGCACCCGCUGCAGCAGCAGCAGCAGCAGCAGCAGGAGCUGCAGCAGGUGCUGCUGCGAGCAGCAGGGCGGGGGCCCUGCUGCGGAGAUGCAUAGAAGAAGAGAGCAGCAAAGGACUGAGUGCUGCUGCUGCUUGUCAUCUCGCGCUGCAGUGUUUGCUGACACUUUGCUUCCUGGGCGAGAAGGAAGCUGGUUGUUUGCAGAUUCUGCAGCCGCUGCUGCUGCUGCUGCAGCAGCAGCAGCAGGAGGCUGGGAAGCACCUGUGUCUUUUGCUGCCAGCAGCACGACGCAGCUUGAAGCUGCUUCGCAACAGCAGCAGCAGCAGCAAGGCAGCGUGCGUUUGCUGCUGCUGCACCUUGGCGGCGCCUGGCCGCGGCUCGACGAUAGCAGCAGCAGCUGCUGCUGCUGCUGCUGCGUCAGCAAGCUGCGGCCCCGAUGCUGCAGCAGCAGAGGAUUUGCUGCUGCGCUUUGUAGUGGAAGCUGUAGGUGGCCGGCAGCAGCUUGCUGCUGCUUUCGAGCUGCAGCUAGCUCAGGAGCUGCUGAGUCCUUUGUGGUUUCCCAGGGCUUGUGCUGCAGAGGAGCAGCGCAGCAAAACUGCUGCUGCUGCUGCUGCUGCUGCUGCUGCUGCUGCUGCUGCUGCCGUGUGGGGCCCCGCAGGGGCCUAUGGGGGGGCCCCGUCAUCCCCUAGCCAAAUGCUUGUGAAGAGAAGAAUGCUGAUGGCUGCUGCGCCUGACAGCAGCAGCAGCAGCAGCAGCAGCAGCAGGAGCAACAGGGCGUGCUGCUGCUUCGGGAGGCAGCAGCACGCCGCAUGCGGCAGCUGCAGCUGCUGCGACGCGCUGCACGCAGCAGCAGCAAAGCUGCUGCCGCGCGAUGCAGGAGCUGCUGCCGCUGCUGCUGCUGCUGCUGCUGAAGCAGAUGCAGGCAGCCCCAGCAGCGACGGCUCCUCGUGCGACGAGGGGACCAGCAGCAGCAGCAGCAGCAGCAGCAGCAGCAGCAGCAGCACGAGCAUGCUGCAGAGCAUCAGCAGCAGCAGCAUCAAGAAGAGGCCCCGUCUUAGGGACCUCCGGGGCCCCUUCUCUUCUGCUGUUUUCCUUUUGGAAAAUCUCAAAGAAAGUAAACUUACGAAUUGCCUGGUAAUGCUGCAGGACGCAGCGCGCAGCUUUGCUGCUACGAAGCAGCUCCGCAAGGCCAGCAGCAGCAGCAGCAGCAGCAGCAGCAGCAGCAGCAGGGGGCAGCAAAACCCCUGGGAGGAGAGCCCCCCUGCUUCUCAGGCUUCAGUUUUGCUGCCGUCGCAGCGCGAAGGGCUCCGCAGCUCUGCUUCUCCUUUGCAUGCUGCUGCAGGAGCCCCUGCUGCUGCUGCUGCUGCUGCUGCUGCAGCCACCACCCCGCAGCAGCAGCAGCAGCAGCAGCAGCAGCAGCAGGUGGAGCUGUCAGUUGCUGUCGUGUCUCGGGGCUACUGGCCCGAGCAGCAGGUGCCAGUGGAGAAGGACUCGCAGCAGCAAAUUGGAAAGCUGCCAGCCCCCUUAGCAGCAGCAGUCAGCAGCAGCUGCGAAGCCUUUGCUGCAACAGCAGCACUUUGGCUGCUGGAGCCGCGCCACCCUUUGUCGAAAGUUAAGAUGAGGGGCCCCCAAGGGGGGCCCCCCGUUUGGGUCCCCAUAGCCCACGCAGCAGUCCUCUUGGUGCUGCAGCAGCAGCAGCAGCAGCAGCAGCAGCAGCCAGCCGCAGAAGAGAACAUGCACGUUGAGGAGGAGGAGCAGCAGCAGCAGCAGCAACAGCAGCAGCAGCAGCAGGGCGAAGUUGAGGGCAUGACUUGUAGGGAGAUUGCUGCGGAGUUGUGCUGCACCGAAAGCCUCGUGUGGCAGUCCAUAAAACAGCUGCUGCAGUUGCGGUGGGUGCAGCGCAGCAGCAGCAGCAGCAGCAGCAACAGCAGCAGCAGCAGCAGCAGCAGCAGCAGAGGCCCCAAAGAAGCCACGGAGUCUCGCUAUGUCCUCUUCAAGGGGGGCCCCUCCGCAACGGCCCGCGAGAGGCCGCGGGCUGAAGCGGCACAAGCUGUUGCUGCUGCUGCUGCUGCUGCUGAGGGCAGCAGCAGCAGCGCAGGGGAGGAGCCGGGGCCUCUUGGAGCUGCUGCUGCAGCAGAAGGCCCCUCGCAUUUUGCCCAGGGAGAAGACUUGUGUCUUUCUUCUUUAAAAGCAGAAGCAGAAGCAGCAGGGGGGCCCCCCAGCCUGCUGCUGGGGGGCCCCUGCAGCAGCAGGGGGGGGGCCCCCCCCCCGGCCGGGGACUGCAGCAAGCUGCAGCGGGGGGGAGAAGCAUCCCCCCAGGACGGCUCUCCGUCUGCUGCUGCUGCUGCUGCUGCUGCUGCUGCUGCUGUGUCUCCGGCGUGCGAAGCCUUCAUCCUGAACUUCCUGAGAGACAGGGCUGGUCGCGUUGCAUGCGCUGCCACUCGUGCUGCACCCACAGCCCUCAUUUUGCUGCGGCUGAAGCAGCAGCAGCAGCAGCAGCAGCAGCAGCAGCAAAACGACACUCUCCCCACAACUCUCCAGGGCCUCCUCAGGGCCCUCGAGGCCCUCGAGGCCAAGGGCAAAGUCCGCAAGACCUGCGGCAAUUGGGAAGUUGCUGAAUGA